AUACACAAACACAAUUUCGGUGGUUUCGAACGAGGUGUGGUGUGGUGUACCUAGCUAAUAGGUACGACGAUCUCCUGUGGUGUUAUCAGCGUGCAGUGUGUUGCUUUACCAACCGAUUCCGGUCUUAUCGCAAAAAUUAGCACUUUUGGCGCUAUAUUUGGGAAGAAAUCACCGAAAAGAGCUCCUAGCGAAAAUGAGUCGACUCUUCAGUACUGGUUCGGUUCUCGGCGCGGGUGGCAGCAAAAUGGCCAGCAACUUCCGGAAGGUAACGCACUGCAUCUUCGAUAUGGAUGGGCUGCUGCUCGAUACAGAGAAAAUCUACGAGAAGAUUUUACGAGAUCUGAUCAAAUCGUACAACACGACCUACCCGUGGGCCACCCGCAUGAAGGUCAUGGGUACGACCGAGCAGAGAACCGUAUCGAUCAUAGUCAAUGACCUGAAGCUGUCCUGUACAGUGGAUGAGUUCUUAAAAAAGUUCCGUGAGAAACAGCUAGUGGAUCUCGCUGGCGCUCCUCUCAUGAGAGGCGCCGAACGGUUAGUCAGACACCUGCACGAGAACAACAUUCCCAUCGCGUUGGCCACCAGUUCCGGGACGGAUUCAGUUGAGGUGAAAACGAAAAACCACCAGGAGUUGUUCAAUCUAUUCCACCACAAAGUUAUGGGUUCGUCCGAUGCCGAGGUCAAAGAGGGCAAACCCGCGCCAGAUAUCUUCCUGGUAGCCGCCUCGCGGUUCCCCGACAAACCCAGUCCAGAUCAGUGCCUUGUGUUCGAGGAUGCCCCGAACGGUGUGACGGCGGGAGUGUCCGCCGGGAUGCAGGUCGUCAUGGUACCGGACCCGAACGUGAAAGAAGACCAACGGAAGCACGCCACACUGGUGCUGGACACCCUAGAAGACUUUAAACCCGAACUGUUUGGACUACCGGCGUUCAAAUAGGAAGUGGAGUUGAGCUACAAAUACGUUAACUAAGAUUUUAGCUGAUUUAAGAGACGUAGGUACUAACUAGAUACACAAGAGCGAGCGAUUUGGAACCGGUCACUUUGUGCGAGUGUACGGUGCGAAUAUCUUCUUGACUCAGAUGAUCUGUCGCUUUAUUUUCACAAAGAAAGGAUAUAUUUGAUAUUUUCGAUCAUGUGAAGUAAC